UUGGGGGCUCCGAAAAAAGGGACUGUUUGAUGCUUCCCUCCCGAUGACGAGAUGGCACCCUCAACUCCGGAGCACGUCCCUUACUGGAUUGUCUUACAUCCAACAAAGCACACCCGACGUCGUGAGAUCGGCCACUGGGCUGUGGUCAGUGCGUUCAUCGUUCUGGUUGCCACAUUGACUUUUCCAAGCUUGUGUGACAAAGUCAUCAGAUAUGACAGCAGUACUUCGGCGGACGGGGGGCACAUACAUCGCUCCACAUCUAGUCAAGAAAAACGUUAUCGGGAGGAAUAUACUUCUCAUACGUCAUCCCGGUAAGGUUCAUCCACUGGCAAUGCACACACACAUGAUCAACAGAGAGCUGCAUGGGAAAAAAACACUCCAGAGAAGGCACUUGCGCACGGCCAAUCCGUUUUUUCCUUUUAUGCCUUAUAAAGGUACGAUAUGGGACUACGUUGUUCCCAGAAGGCUCAUGGCGUGUAGCUGGAGUUAUGCUUUGAUUAGGCUUGCACUGGCACCCGAGAGAACGCGAUGGUUCUUCUGGCAACACGGGUUUCAUGCUGAGUGCGAGGUACAACGUUUUACUACUUCAUCUGCGCAAUCCCCGAGGAUACCAUAUGUGCUCUGUGCCGGCUUGCUUGCAACGCCUGCAUGCAUGUUGAUCAACAGUUUUAGGUCAUAAAUGUAUCCUCGGCUCGUGUACGGUGCAGCCUUAAGAUGGGGUGUAUUGCAGAAAUACAAACAAGGUACUACUAAGUUAUGAUUUUGUCAUUCUGUCCUGUGGGCAGAGGUGGGUGGUGCGAGCAUCUGCCACAGACUCUGCUAGUCAGUGUGACCUGCGGACUGAAGUGGCCGACAAGGUUCGUGCUUCAUCAUCAGGGGAUAUGUCUCGAGGUCGUUCACCACAGCGAAGAGAGAACAAUUACAGCUCGGUUUUUCAGUUAACAGGGUUUUGCCGCAUAACAUUGACCGCUGAAUUAUCGACAGUGCAUCAAUCACUCGCCUGGGAAACGUCCAUUCCAGACGAUUGAAGAGCCACAGAGUGUCCCUUGGGGUAAAAAAGCCUCUUUCUCCCUCCCCCCGUCUCUCCUCUUCAACAACUGCUUCACGUGUUCGCUGGUGAGUGAUGCACACCAGGGAACCUAGAUAUGGUGAUGCAUGCUCUACGCUGUCGUGAUACCUACAGGUCUUCAUUUGAUUCAAGCGACCCUGAGCCGACUGCCCGUGAACUUGCGCAGCAGUUGCUGCAGGAAUUAGAUAGUCGGGAUGUAGUUUUGACAACCGGACAGAUUUUCAAGGCCCUGCCUUCCAUUCUCCCACAGGUGGAUGCCCUCGGCCUAGAUGCAGCCGAGUUUGAAGAUGAAAUCAAAGGUCUUCUUGCAGGCCGAGCCGGUCUAUCUCAGAAAAUUGCGGAGCACUCUGGAGGUCUCUCGGCACAAAGGAAAGUCACAAGAGUCUCGAGAAGAGACAUGGAUGAUACCGGUCGGUACGUCAAGGAAAACAAGGCCUGGCUGGCGACCGACUCAAAACAGGCAAGCCACGGCUUAAAACUCGACGAAGAAAAGCGGUUUCCUCUUCAUGAUAGACACUACAUCGAAUCCAUCCCUACUCCAGAAAUGCAUGGAUUCGGCACACCGACUGGUAUCCCGCUUUCGAAGGAAGGAGAAGUUAUCACGCAAGAGAAUGCAGAUGCCCUCCCUGAGGAGGUAGAUGGUCUAGCAGCGGAAAUCGCUAGACGGGGAGAAGAAGGAGAGGAACUCGACGGUCAGCAGCUUUUCCAGAUGUGGAAGAAGGCGAACAGACGGCAGCGAGCAGUCAACAAAGACUUCGACUUGGUGGUCGGAGGUGACGAGCUGUUGCGAGUUCACGCGACUACGUACAAACGUUCCGGCCCAGCACCUUCGACAGGAACGGACGUCACUGUAGUACCGUUGGUGGCAGCGUCGUUUGAUGCUGUCGGAGAGAGCGCCUUGGUUUUGAUUCAGGCCUUCAAUGGAGAUACAGGUGAGCUUCGGCGAAUGUUUGCUGAAGCUGUCAUCGACUCCAUCCCUGGUCGGCAAAAAUACCUGUGGAACGUGUCCGAGUCCGACGUUCGGCUCUUUUCUAUCCAGGACAACGACAUCUCCGUAUACCUGAACACGACGAGUAUUGCGCACCGGCCAGAACCCACGAGCACCCCCCUGGCCUUCACAACAGGCUGCAACUUCACGCGUACCUUAUCGGAACAACCUCAAAAUACCACAUUUUCAACUCCGUGCGUCAGAAUCCAGUGGGACUUGCUUGACUCCAUUGGCCGGGGAGAGAUUGGAACAACAGAACUUGUUGAAGCUGUGAAUGCAGAUUUGAUGAGUAAGACAAAGUCUCAUAUUAUGGGAACGCAAUCAGAGUUUGGACGGCGUGCCGGCGCUGUGCUAGGCAAUGUUCUCAGCGUCGCCAGGUCCGCAUACUCGAUCAGUGGGGCGCCGGUGAAGGAUCAGCAAAGAGGACCGAACGCUGGGGAGUGCUUUAAAAGAGGAGUCGACUUUUUUGGAUUCGAUGUGAAGAAGAUUGAGACGGGGGAGAUCCGUACACCCGGCGAAUGCGCCGAACACUGCAAAUUCUUCGACGGGUGUUUCUACUGGACGUUUAACCCAGCAAGGCGCUGGUGCUACUUGAAGAACGCAUACGCGCCGGAAGGUCUAUACAGCGAUGCUACGGCGACUAAGGACCUCAUCUCUGGGUUAAAGAACUGCGACAUGCUCCCGGACCCAUAUCCUUCUGGUAGGAUGGGAGCCGCCAGAGUGCGAGCAUUCACUGAGCGACAGCAGGUCGUGCGUAAGACAGACAUGGCCGUCCUGGUCUCAAACGUAGCAUCUGAAUAA